CGCGACGCUGACGCACUGGAAAUAGCGCCGACGACGCACACGGACCGCCAUGCACACGCCAGUGGUGUUUUAUAUGCGCCCGCUGCUGUGGGAAGACCUGCGGCGACGAGUGAACCAGGCUGAGAUUCACGAGCUGCGGCAAGUGCUUGGUCAUCUUUUGAUCGACGACAAUGAGGCACUACACGCCGAGCUACAGGCAUUUGUGGAUAUCCUAGACGACUACCAAAAGGAGAACGACCGCAUCCGGGACGCGAUUCGAAAUCGGCCUGCCAUGCCUGAGCCCCCCGGUCGAGCGAUUCUGCUUGACCAACUCAAACUCCUCGCGUCCAACCUUCACGAGCGACAGCUAGCGACUCCUCAAGACCGCGCACUCCUCGGCUACGUUUUGUCGACAACUUCGCUUGACUCCGAUGUUCAAAACAAUGGCGGUAUUCCCAUGACGCCUCGCUUGAGAGAUCACCCGAGCCAUGGCUCGUUAAAUGGAAACGGAGUGCUGUUGCGACCAGGCACGGCUGAUGGAGGUCGCCGGCCCAGCACAGCGUCGAGGCCGCCAUCGUCCAGAGGACUAUCCUCCCGGGGCUCGAUCUCGUCGACAGCAUCGGCCCCCGCUGUCUUGGAAGAUCUGGGAUGUGUGAGCAUUCGACACAUCGACUCGGUGAAAGCGCGAUUGCGAGAUGCACUGCUCGAGGAGAAGCAGCAGCUCCUGGACGACAUCGAGUUUAUCCAGGUCGGUGUAUGGAGGUACAUUCGAGGCUGAAUCAGUGGCAAUCAGGGAUGCUUGGACAUGGAGCAAGAUCUGAUCGAAGAAGACACAAAGAAGGUACAAGUCGUCGUGCCGCCGCUUAAAGACCUACAAGAGUUUCGUCGGAAGCUCGAGCAAGUGUGUCUCGAAAAGGUUGUACGUGGCACCAUACAACCGAAGGACUCACGACAUCGCAGGACAAACACGACGAUGUACAAGAACGAAUAUCCAAGGCAGAGGAGAUGGUAGCAGCUCAGCAGCGCCGCAAGAGGUUGGAUGUGGCCACUCCGUCCUCCGUCUUCAAGUAGCGCUUUGUAGCAGCAUCGAACCCCUGGGCGACAUUCGAUGUACGUAUUCCCCGAUGCCACCAAGGCGCGCGAGCUCCAAAGCACACAAGGUUCGAGAGAUCGUUCAGUCCGCGCGAGAUGAGCCGUUCCUCUCGUGACUUCAUCAGCGAAGAUGACUCAUCCUCGUCCUGUUUGCAACCUCCGCACAAUGAAGAUGACGGUGUCGGAAAGACCUACACUCCUUCUACAGUCGCUGAUUGGUCCCAAUCAUGUGAAUAGAAAAUAUUUUAGCCAAUCAAAACAAUUCGAUCUUC